AUGGACCUUUUAAAAAAGGAAUUCAGUGAAGAAAAUGUUUUAUUUUGGCUAGCUUGUGAAGAUUUUAAGAAAACGCAAGAUAAGAAGCAGAUGCAAGAAAAAGCUAAGGAGAUCUACAUGACCUUUCUGUCCAGCAAGGCCUCGUCACAAGUCAACGUCGAAGGUCAGUCCCGGCUCAAUGAGAAGAUACUGGAAGAACCACAUCCGCUGAUGUUCCAGAAACUCCAAGACCAGAUCUUCAACCUCAUGAAGUAUGACAGCUACAGCCGCUUCUUGAAGUCUGACUUGUUUUUAAAACACAAGCGAACUGAGGAAGAGGAAGAAGAUCCAUCCGAUGCUCAAACCGCAGCUAAAAGAGCUUCGAGAAUUUAUAACACAUGAGCCCCCGCGAGCUGGCAGGACUGGCAGCUUUCAGAAGUGAGGGAACUCCCUCUCAGGACCAUGCAGGGUUUAUAUAAUCGCUUUGCUAUCUGUAAGGACUGAAAUGUAUGAAGCUCUUCCACGGGAUAUGUGUAUUUUAUUAACUGCCUGACCAGUAAGUUCUGCAUGAUGGCUAAUCUUACAUAAAAAAAACCCAAA